UAAAAAUCAUACUGACAAUUCAAUUCAAUUUCUUCGUCUUCUUUUUAGGCAACUUCAAUUCCUUCGUAACUAUACAACUACGUAAAUUAUAAUAAAAUAUAUUCUUUUUUAUUUUAUAUAUACAGCUUCAUGUUUGCUGAGUUCACAAGAAAAUCUAUCUCUUGUUAUCAGUCUCUUCUCUAUUGGAACAUGUGUUAAGCUCCAAACACAGUUUCUAAGAAACCAAAACCCAAAAAUCUGGAGAUCAAUCCAUCAGCUGAUGCUCAGCUACUUUUACCUUCCAUGAAACAAUUAUUUUUCUUGGAUUUCUUGUCUUAAAGGUUUUUUGAGGAUGGGUGGUGAAAAGUUUGGAUUUUUUACAUGGGUUUCAUCGAUUUCUUGCUUAAUCUGCCUCUGCCAUGGAUACGUACCUGUGAACAAUUACCUCAUCAACUGUGGAUCGCCCACCAAUGUCACUGUAACUGGUCGAGUAUUCAUCUCUGAUAAGCUUACCUCAAACCUCCUUAAAUCUCCCAGUGAAAUCCUCGCCGCGAGCAAUCGCAAUUCGGUUUCAGAUAUUUACCAGACGGCGAGAAUCUUCACCGGAAUCUCCAAGUACACAUUCUCCGUCGCUCGAGGCCGACACUGGAUUCGUCUCCAUUUCAGUCCAUUUCAAUACCUAAACUUCGAAAUGGGGUCAGCCAAAUUCUCAGUUUCUUCGCAGACACAUGUUCUCUUGAGUGACUUCACUACGAAGUCAAGAGUUAUGAAGGAAUACUCUCUAAAUGUAGCCACGGAUAUUCUCGAGCUCACGUUUACUCCCUCGGGCAAUUCGUUUGCCUUUGUGAACGCCCUCGAGGUUGUAUCGGUUCCUGAUACAUUGCUCAAUGGUGAUCCUUCACUCGCAGGUCGUCCCGGGAGGUUUCAAGGAUUGUCAUUGCAAGCUCUUGAGACGGUUCAUAGAGUCAACAUGGGCGGUCCGCGUGUUACGCCUUCUAACGAUACUCUUUCGAGAAUUUGGGAGCCCGAUUCGGAGUUUCUAGUCGAGAAGAAUCUAGUUAAGAGUGUGUCUAAGAUUGCAAGUGUUGAUUAUGUUCCCGGUUUUGCUACAGAGGAUACUGCUCCAAGAACUGUUUAUGGUACUUGCACCGAGAUGAAUUCUGCGGAUAAUCCGUCUAGCAAUUUCAACGUGACGUGGGAAUUCGACGUUGACACGGGCUUUCAGUACUUUCUCCGGUUUCAUUUCUGCGAUAUUGUGAGCAAAGCUCUAAACCAGCUCUACUUCAAUCUUUAUGUCGACUCAAUGAUGGGUGUCGAGAAUCUUGAUCUGAGCUCUUAUUUAUCCAACACUUUGGCUGGUGCAUACGUGAUGGAUUAUGUCACGGGAUCAGCAAAAAGCACUAAUAGAAUCCGUGUGAGCAUUGGUCCAUCGACUGUUCACUCGGAUUACCCUACUGCGAUUCUAAACGGAUUAGAGAUCAUGAAGAUGAAUAACUCCAAGGGUCAGCUUAGUACCGGGACGUUUUUGCCAGCUGGUGUUUCGAGUUCAACGACAAAGAAGAAUGUUGGUAUGAUCGUUGGUGCAACGGUUGGUUCUUUGCUUGCUUUAGUUGUUUUUGGAGGUUUCUUUUUGCUGUUCAAGAAACGAGGACGAGGCCAAGAUGGUGACUCAAAGACUUGGAUUCCUUUGUGUACCAGUGGAACAGCUUCAGACUCAAAUGGAACUACAAUAACUAGCAUAGCUUCCAAUUCCAGCUACCGAAUCCCUUUGGUAGCGGUUAAAGAGGCCACGAAUAGCUUUGAUCAGAGCCGCGAGAUCGGAGUCGGCGGUUUUGGUAAAGUGUACAGAGGAGAGCUUCAAGAUGGCACUAAAGUCGCUGUUAAAAGAGGGAACCCCAAGUCUCAGCAAGGACUUGCAGAGUUCAGGACAGAAAUCGAGAUGCUGUCUCAGUUUCGUCAUCGACAUUUGGUUUCUCUGAUCGGUUACUGCGACGAGAACAACGAGAUGAUUCUGAUUUACGAAUACAUGGAGAAGGGAACGUUGAGGAGUCAUCUCUACGGCUCUGGUCUUCCUAGCUUGAGUUGGAAAGAACGGCUUGAGAUAUGUAUUGGAGCAGCUAGAGGAUUGCAUUAUCUCCACACAGGUGACUCGAAACCCGUGAUUCACAGAGACGUGAAAUCCGCUAACAUAUUGCUGGACGCGAGUCUCAUGGCUAAAGUUGCAGACUUUGGGCUGUCUAAGACCGGACCAGAGAUCGAUCAGACUCAUGUGAGUACUGCUGUCAAAGGAAGCUUUGGCUAUCUCGAUCCUGAAUACUUCAGAAGGCAACAGCUCACAGAGAAAUCAGACGUUUACUCAUUCGGAGUCGUGAUGUUCGAGGUUCUCUGCGCGAGACCCGUUAUAGACCCGACGCUUCCUAGAGAGAUGGUGAAUCUAGCGGAGUGGUCGAUGAAAUGGCAGAAGAAAGGACAGCUGGAACAUGUCAUCGAUGAGUCGUUGCGGGGUAAAAUCAGACCUGAUUCGCUCAGGAAGUUUGGUGAAACAGGGGAGAAAUGUUUAGCUGAUUAUGGAGUGGAUAGGCCAUCGAUGGGAGAUGUGUUGUGGAAUCUUGAGUAUGCUUUGCAGCUGCAAGAAACAGUCGUUGAUGGUGAUACAGAAGAAGAUAACAGCACGAACAUGAUCGGUGAGUUACCUUUACGGUUCAGUGAUUACAACAACCAGGGAGACACGAGCGUUAACGUUGGUGUAGACAGAGAGGGACGGUUUGAAGAUGAAGAGUCGAGUGUUGAUGAUCUUUCAGGUGUUUCCAUGAGUAAAGUUUUCUCGCAGCUGGUGAAAUCGGAAGGACGGUAAGAGAUGAUUAAUUUCCAGAAAAACGAAAAGAUUACUAAUUAGAAGCUGAUUAACGAUUAGCUGGUGAAGCUUUUCUUCUGUACAUGAUUAACGAUUAGACUGGGAUUUUCAUUAAGUAAACAAUCAAAGAAAGUCCAGAUUUAUGAACUCGAAUAGCUUCAUAGGGUUUGAGACUAGAUUCUGAAGUUGUCACAAA